AUGACGACCAGCUACCCCAGUCUGCGUAAAGGUCGUUUCUGGAUCACACCCGACCCGUACCACAACGACGACAACAUCCAGAUCGGCCGGGAGGUGAAGAUCAGCUGCCAGGUGGAGGCCACGCCCCCUGAGGAGCUGCAGUUCAGCUGGCUGAAGAACGGGCGUCCGCUGAGGAGCUCCGAGCGAAUGGUCAUCACCCACACGGACACCGAGGUCUCGCCUGGAACCACCAACCUCGACAUCAUCGACCUCAAGUUCACCGACUUCGGCACCUACACCUGCGUGGCCUCGCUGAGGAACGGAGGGAGCCCGGAGAUCAGCAUUGACGUCAACAUCUCAUCCACCACUGUUCCUCCAGAGCUGAGCGUCCCCAGAGGGCGCUCUCACCUCAUCGCUCAGGAGGGCGACACCGUGGACCUGCAGUGUCUGGUCUCAGGGAAACCCAAACCCAUCAUCCUGUGGUCGAGGGUGGAGGAGAGUGGGGCGGCGGCGGCAGCAGCAGCGACUGCGCCUCUGAUGCCGGACGGGUCGGAACAGAUCGAGAGCUACGACGGCGUCCUGAGGAUCAGCAACGUGACCCGAGACAUGAGCGGCUCGUAUCGCUGCCAGACGAGUCAGUACAAUGGGUUCAACGUGAAGCCACGAGAGGCACUCAUCCAGCUGGUGGUGCAGUGUGGGUAA